CUUAGAAAUUGUUCAUGAUACCACAAUGAAGGCCAGAAUACAUGGUGUGCAGGCACAGAUGAAGACAUUUCAGUUUUUCUACGGAGCUGUUGUUGGGGAGAAAUUGUUGAGACACACUGACAACCUCAGCAAGACACUGCAACAUAAUCAAAUAUCUGCAGCAGGAGGUCAACAACUGGCACAGAUGACUGUAAGGACGUUGAAAACGCUGUGCAGUGAACAAGCCUAUGAUUUGUUCUGGUUUGAAGUAAACAAGAAGGCUGAAAAUCUCAAUAUUCCAGAACCUGAAUUACCUCACCAGAGAAAACGCCCUCCGAGGUUGGAGGAAGGUGCCACAGAACCAUUUUUCACGGUGAUGUCAAGUCUUAAUACUUGCAAAUAUACAACGAGGCCGUUGAUGUAAUAAUUAAUUGCAUUGAAACAAGAUUUGACCGAGAUUAUGUAAGGUAUUCGUCUUUAGAAUCACUUCUUCUUACAGCAAUUUCACUACAACAAGAUUACCAGCAUGACUGGGAAACCUGACAUCCCAAGAAAGCAAUACUGGAAGGACAACUUGAAUUAAUGUGUGACUUUUACAAAGACGAUUUUGACAUAAGCCAAUUGAAAGUACAGCUUGAAACGUUUGCUACCAACUUCUGCAAAGACGUGGACACCAGGAAAGUUACUGUUUAUGACGUCAGACAAUAUUUUGUGUCCUUAAGCCCUGAGAAGAAAUUGCUCAUCUCACAAGUCUGUCGACUCUUGCAGCUAAUUUCAGUCAUGCCUGCAACGAAUGCCACGUCUGAAAGAUCUUUCAGUGCACUGCAUUCUGUAAAGAAAUAUUGAGGACGACCAUGCUACAGGAGAGGCUGAAUUACGUAAUGCUUUUACAUGUGCAUAAAGAGUCAGUUGAUUUGCUCAACCUGAAGCAAAUUCAUAACGAAUUUGUAGAGGGAUCUGAACACAGACUUAGGAUGUUUGGCAAGUACAGUGAUGAUCUAAGGUAGCAUAUCUGUGUGCGCUAUCUACGUAAACGUAUACCUGUUUAGUAUUUAUAUUGUAUAAUUACAGAACUAUUGUAAGCGGAAAGAUGCUUUAAAAUGGAAAUCAAAGAUUAAUAAAUAACA